UUUCCAUUCUCGUCUCCAGCUCUUACAGAUCUUACCUCACCACUCUCUGUAGAUCGUCUGUGUUCGUAUGUAAAAAGAAAAAGAAAUCAAAUCAUGUUCAAGUUUUUGAAAGGCGUGGUCGGUGGAUCCAGUACCGGCGUCAAAGAUCUCCCCUAUAAUAUCGGCGACCCCUAUCCCUCUGCUUGGGUUGUCCUGCUCCCACUUUCAUGGCAUCCAAGGUAAUUUUACUUCUCCUCCAACUUCAUCAUUCACCAUUCUAUAUUUCCAUUCAAAUCAACGAAUUACUUCAAAUCGAAUCUAUCAUUAAUCAUUGCAGGAUGAUGGAUCUCCGUCUCUAUUUCUCCAUUUCUGGUACCACGCCCAGGACGACACUUGGCCGCUGCUCGUAAUGGUGUCAAACGUCUCCGAACUGUUAGGCAUCCGAAUAUUCUAUCGUUUCUUCACAGUACAGAGGUUGAGAAUUUUGAUGGUUCUACUAAUAAAAUUACUAUCUAUAUUGUUACUGAACCUGUAAUGCCGCUUUCCGAGAAGAUUAAGGAACUUGGUUUAGAAGGCUCACAAAGGGAUGAGUAUUAUGCAUGGGGGCUGCACCAAAUUGCUAAAGCCGUUAGCUUCCUGAAUAAUGAUUGUAAACUUGUUCAUGGUAACGUGUGCCUGGCCAGCGUUGUUGUUACACAAACUUUGGAUUGGAAGUUGCAUGCUUUUGAUGUUUUGUCAGAGUUUGAUGGGAAUAAUGAAGCUGCCACUGGAGCAAUGCUGCAAUAUGCAUGGCUUGUUGGAGCACAGUACAAAUCUGUGGAGUUGGCAAAGUCUGAUUGGGCUGCAAUCAGAAAAUCUCCCCCGUGGGCCAUUGAUUCUUGGGGCUUGGGCUGUCUCAUUUAUGAACUCUUCUCUGGUAUGAGGUUGAGCAAAACAGAGGAGCUGCGUAACACUGCUUCAAUUCCAAAGUCUCUGCUUCCAGAUUAUCAGCGGCUUUUGAGUUCCAUGCCUUCUCGCAGGUUGAAUUCAUCCAAGCUUAUUGAGAACAGUGAAUAUUUUCAAAAUAAGUUGGUGGACACCAUACAUUUUAUGGAAAUUCUGAAUUUAAAAGACAGCGUUGAAAAGGAUACCUUCUUCCGCAAACUUCCAAAUUUAGCUGAGCAACUCCCUAGGCAAAUCGUGCUGAAAAAGUUGCUUCCUUUAUUAGCUUCUGCCCUUGAAUUUGGUUCAGCUGCUGCCCCUGCAUUGACUGCACUGCUGAAAAUGAGCUCUUGGCUUUCUACUGAAGAAUUCAGUGUCAAGGUACUGCCAACAAUUGUGAAACUAUAUUCCUCCAAUGACCGAGCUGUUCGAGUGGGUCUGUUGCAACAUGUUGAUCAAUAUGGAGAAUCAUUAUCUGCACAAAUUGUUGAUGAGCAAGUGUACCCCCAUGUUGCUACGGGUUUUUCUGACACAUCAGCUUUUCUUCGUGAGUUGACUCUUAAAUCCAUGCUUGUUCUGGCUCCGAAGCUCUCUCAACGCACUAUGUCAGGGUCUUUGUUGAAAUAUCUUUCAAAGCUACAGGUUGAUGAAGAACCAGCAAUCCGGACAAAUACCACCAUAUUACUUGGGAAUAUUGCAAGCUACCUAAACGAAGGGACAAGGAAGAGAGUUUUGAUUAAUGCUUUCACAGUACGUGCACUGCGGGAUACGUUCUCUCCUGCCCGAGGAGCUGGAGUUAUGGCUUUAUGUGCCACCAGUGCUUAUUAUGACAUCAAUGAGGUUGCAACUAGGAUUCUUCCAAAUGUGGUUGUACUUACAAUUGAUCCUGACAGUGAUGUCAGAUCAAAGGCAUUUCAAGCAGUUGACCAGUUUUUGCAGAUUGUGAAGCAACACCACGAGAAGACAAAUUCUGGUGAUACCCCUGGAGCUUCAGGUAUUGGAAUCUCAUCGAUGCCAGGAAAUGCCAGUUUACUUGGAUGGGCCAUGAGCUCCUUAACGCUUAAAGGUAAACCUUCCGACCAAGCACCAGUUGCUUCUGCAAAUUCUGGUACACCUCUAACAUCAACGACAUCCAAUGCCAGCUCAGCAAUGGAAACUACAAGUACAACAUCAAUCCAUCAUGUAAGCUCAGGCACAGACUUUGCCGAUCAGCCUGCACCUGUUUCCCCUACUUCAACAGAUGGCUGGGGAGAAAUUGAAAAUGGAAUUCAUGAAGAGCAUGACAGUGACAAAGAUGGUUGGGAUGAUAUUGAACCUCUUGAAGAGCCCAAGCCAACUGCUGUUCUUGCCAACAUUCAAGCAGCUCAAAAGCGGCCAGUCUCACAACCUGUUUCACAGUCAAAACCAGCAGCUACAAGUUUGCGACCAAAAAGUACAGUUAAGGCAGCAAAAGAUGAAGAUGAUGAUUUGUGGGGUGCCAUAGCUGCACCUGCUCCGAAAACAUCAUCAAAACGUUUGAAUGUGAAAUCAGCAGCAACAGUUGAUGAUGAUGACCCUUGGGCUGCGAUUGCUGCUCCUCCACCGACUACAAGGGCCAAGCCUUUAGCAGCAGGUAGGGGCAGAGGAGCUAAACCGGCUGCUCCAAAACUGGGUGCACAAAGAAUAAAUAGGACAUCCUCAACUGGGAUGUAAAUUAGAUAUAGCAAAAACAUGACAAAAAGGAAGAAAAGAAGGUAAUGUUUUGUAAAUUUUA